GACCGCGGCUUGAGGCCCGGGCUGGAGGGCGGAUGCGCGGGAGCGGGAUCCGUGCGAGAGCCGCUGUAACGGACGCGGGCCUCCCAGCGAGCAGGAUGGGGUCCCCGUUAAAGGUCCCUCCGAGCCUUGCGGUGACCCAGCUGAGACGGGGAAACUGAGGCAGAGGCGUCCCCACUGACUCCUUAGGAAUGGCCAAUUCUACCGGGGAGUCUGAAGAUGGACGCCCGGGAGGCUGCGAAGGGCGUGGGACGCUCCAGAGUUGAUUUUAAGUGUGAUCGCGAGUUGAAGGGUAGCUUGCCUAAAAACCCUCGAACUGUAAUGUGACCAUAGGACGGGGAUUUAGUGUCACAUACCAACUGAUAUCAAAGGUAUGCCCUCUGAUGAUUUCUCGAAACCACUGCGUUCUGAAGCAGAAUCCUGAGGGACAGUGGACGAUUAUGGACAAUAAGAGUCUGAAUGGUGUUUGGCUGAACAGAGAACGUCUGGUACCGCUACAGGGUUAUUGCAUCCGUAAGGGAGACCAUAUCCAACUCGGAGUGCCACUGGAAAACGAGACCGCGGAGUAUGAGUAUGAAGUUAUUGAAGAAGACUGGGAGAGUCUGGCUCCCUGCCUUGCCCCCAAGAAUGACCAGACAACGGAAAAACAUAAAGGCUUGAGAACUAAGAGGAAAUCCAGUUUGGAUGGGUUAGAGACCCUUCCAGCCCAGGGCCCCUCCAAUCUCAGAUGCCCACUGCCUAAAGUCUCCAGUAAAGCCAUGGAGCCAGAGAAGUUACAUGGCAAAGGUGAAGCAGCAAGCCAGCCCUUGGGAUGUCUGUGUCCUGCGUUGACCUCUCUCGAGGCGAGUGAGAGGACCGCCGGGCCUCAUGCUUGCUCUGCUCUCCCAAAGGUCCUGGAACUCUACCCUAAGAGGCAGAAGGCCUGCAGCCCAUCGGCAUCUCAGAGCAGCUUAGAGCUGUUUAAGGUGACCAUGUCCAGGAUGGUGAAGCUGAAAAGGCAGGUGCAGGAGAAGCAGAUAGCUGUCCUGAACGUCAGGAGGCAGACCCGGAAGGGCAGCUCAAAGAAAAUCGUGAGGAUGGAGAAGGAGCUGCGAGAUCUACAGUCUCAGCUGUAUGCAGAGCAGGCUCAGCAGCAAGCAAGAGUAGAGGAGCUGGAGAAGACUUUCCAGGAAGAGGGACCUUACCUCCAGGAUUUGGAGAAAGAGCGAGGAGAGUGCGACCUGAAGCAACAGCUGGUGCAGGCUCUGCAGGAGCAUCGGGCUCUAAUGGAGGAACUGAACCGCAGCAAGAAGGACUUUGAGAAAAUCAUUCAAGCCAAGAACAAAGAAUUGGAGCGGACCAAGGAGGAAAAGGACAAGGUGGAAGCGCAGAAGGACGAGGUCCUCAGCCACAUGAACGACGUGCUGGAGAACGAGCUCCAGUGCAUUAUCUGCUCAGAGUACUUCAUCGAGGCUGUCACCCUGAACUGUGCCCACAGCUUCUGCUCCUUCUGUAUCAGUGAAUGGAUGAAGCGGAAAGUAGAGUGUCCCAUUUGUCGGAAGAACAUUGAGUCCAGAACCAACUCCCUGGUUCUGGACAACUGCAUCAGUAAGAUGGUGGAUAACCUAAGCUCAGACGUGAAGGAGAGAAGAAGUGUGCUUAUUAGGGAGCGGAGAGCGUCUGCUACCAGUCUCAGUGAAUCUGACAGUGAGACCGAGGGGAAGCAACCCUGCUCUGAUGCCUUCAAAGAAGACUCCCUUGUGGAGGGGACAUCCUCUCGGUACUCCAUGUACAACAGCGUUUCCCAGAAGCUUAUGGCCAAGAUGGGCUUCAGGGAAGGUGAGGGCUUGGGCAAAUACAGCCAGGGUCGGAAGGACAUCGUGGAGACCUCCAAUCAGAAAGGUCGACGUGGUUUGGGUCUGACACUACAGGGCUUUGAUCAGGAGCUAAAUGUGGACUGGCGAGAUGAACCGGAGCCCAAUGCCUGUGAGCAGGUGUCGUGGUUUCCAGAAUGUACCACUGAAAUUCCUGACUCUCGGGAAAUGAGUGACUGGAUGGUCGUGGGAAAGAGAAAGAUGGUUAUUGAAGAUGAGACAGAGUUCUGUGGGGAAGAACUGCUUCACAGUAUGCUCAAGUGCAAGAGUGUGUUUGACAUCCUGGAUGGGGAGGAGAUGCGGCGAGCACGCACCAGAGCCAAUCCCUAUGAGAUGAUCCGAGGCGUCUUCUUCCUAAACAGGGCAGCAAUGAAGAUGGCUAACAUGGAUUUUGUGUUUGAUCGUAUGUUCACAAAUCCCCUGGACUCUUCUGGGAAGCCACUGCUGAAGGACUCGGACAUUGACCUUCUGUACUUUGCUGAUGUGUGUGCAGGCCCGGGUGGCUUCUCCGAGUACGUGCUGUGGAGGAAGAAGUGGCAUGCCAAAGGCUUUGGGAUGACGCUGAAGGGCCCCAAUGACUUCAAGCUGGAGGACUUCUAUUCAGCCUCCAGUGAGCUCUUCGAGCCCUACUACGGUGAAGGUGGGGUCGAUGGAGAUGGAGAUAUCACCCGCCCAGAGAAUAUCAAUGCGUUUCGGAAUUUUGUCCUGGAAAACACAGAUCGCAAGGGUGUCCACUUUGUGAUGGCAGACGGGGGCUUCUCUGUGGAGGGGCAGGAGAACCUGCAGGAGAUCCUGAGCAAGCAGCUCUUGCUGUGCCAGUUCCUCAUGGCGCUGUCUGUCGUCCGCACAGGAGGUCACUUCGUCUGCAAAACCUUUGACCUCUUCACACCGUUCAGUGUGGGCCUCAUUUACCUCCUGUACUGCUGUUUUGAACGAGUAUGUCUUUUCAAGCCUGUCACCAGCAGGCCUGCCAACUCAGAGCGGUAUGUGGUGUGCAAAGGGCUGAAGGUGGGCAUCGAUGAUGUUCGGGAGUACCUCUUCUCCGUGAAUAUUAAACUCAACCAGCUUCGGAACACUGAGUCUGAUGUCAACCUGGUAGUUCCCUUGAUGGUGAUCAAAGGAGACCAUGAAUUUAAUGAUUACAUGAUCCGGUCUAAUGAGAGCUACUGCAGCCUACAGAUCAAAGCCCUGGCGAAGAUCCAUGCAUUUGUACAGGACACGACCCUGAGUGAGCCUAGGCAGGCAGAGAUCCGUAAGGAGUGCCUCCAGCUGUGGAAGAUCCCAGACCAGGCUCGAGUUGCUCCUUCCUCGUCAGACCCAAAACUCAAGUUUUUUGAACUAAUCAAGGACACUGACAUCAAUAUCUUCAGCUACAAGCCCACACUGCUCACUGCCAAAACCCUGGAGAAGAUCCGUCCUGUGUUGGAGUAUCGUUGCAUGGUGUCUGGCAGCGAGCAGAAAUUCCUCCUGGGCUUGGGGAAGUCCCAGAUCUACACUUGGGAUGGCCGCCAGUCUGACCGUUGGGUGAAGCUGGACCUAAAGACGGAGCUGCCCAGGGACACACUGCUCUGUGUGGAAAUUGUGCAUGAACUAAAAGGAGAGGGGAAGGCCCAGCGGAAGAUCAGCGCAAUCCACAUCCUUGAUGUCCUGGUGCUGAACGGCAGUGACGUCCGAGAGCAGCACUUCAACCAGCGGAUUCAGCUUGCUGAGAAAUUCGUGAAAGCAGUUUCUAAACCCAGUCGACCGGACAUGAAUCCUAUCAGGGUGAAGGAGGUGUACCGGCUAGAAGAGAUGGAGAAGAUCUUUGUCAGGUUAGAAAUGAAGCUCAUCAAAGGCUCUGGUGGCACCCCAAAGCUCAGCUACACAGGACGGGACGACCGGCACUUUGUGCCCACAGGCGUCUACAUUGUCAGGACUGUAAAUGAGCCGUGGACCAUGGGAUUCAGCAAGAGCAAGAAUAGGAAGUUCUUCUACAAUAAGAAAACCCAGAAAUCCUUCUAUAAUCUCCCUACAGAAUCCAUUGCCCCCUUUCAUACCUGCUACAACAGCCGGCUCUUCUGGGAGUGGGGAGAUGGCUUCCACAUGCGUGACUCCCAGAAGCCCCAGGAUCCAGACAAGCUGUCCAAGGAGGACGUCCUUUCCUUCAUCCAGAGUCACAAUCCUCUAGGCCCUUAGGGUUUCCACCUGAUGGAUGUCCUGGCAUUCUUGAGGCAGGGCCCAGUGUCUGCUUCUUUCUGCCUUGGAGAGGCACUGGGACCGUUCUCUCUGGUCAUAAGGGAGAUGGGCUCUUCCCCCUCCCAAGGAGCUCUACUGGGGCCUUAGGACGCAUCCUGUGGAACUCUGCUGCCUGGGAACUGACCCACCAGGAGUCAGCCUUAAGAGCAGCUGCUCCAGAGCAGGCCAGUGCUUAGGGCAGGCCAGACUCAUUCCCUCUGGGAUCUGUAGACUCAUUUACUGCCCUCAAGAGCAGUUAGGUCCUUGUUUUGCCCAGUUUCUACUAAGCCAGCCAAAUGUGGAGGCCCUCCAUGAUGCGCUGGCCAGGAGCAACUGUUGUACCAAUCAAAGUUGUUUCUUGUCUUUCCCCCACCCCAGUCCUGGAGUUUGUCCUGGAGGUCGGGAAGGAGUGUGGACCCAGUAUCCUUCAGACAUCAGAGCUUUGAGUACUGGGUCCAACUGCUCUUCGAGUUUCCACUUCUUGUGUUCUAAGCACCGGGCAGCUCCAGGGAGGAGCAGCCUAGAAACCUGCCCUUUUCUCUUCCUGUCUCAGCACUAACAGAAAGUUACUCUAGCAGGCCAGGCCACCUGAAGCUCUUGGCAGAGUUGUGAGCUAGUGGUGACUCCAGCUGCCCUCUCUCUUCACCAGGAGGUACAUACGAUCUGCUUUCAUUCCUCUACAGUCAGUCACUCCGUGUCCUGUCUAUGUAGGAGACAGCUUUGGGAGGGGCAGGGCACCUGUGGUCGUUUCUAAUGGGAAACCUCUCUCAGGAGAUGUUCAUGCAGGCUCCCAGGGCCCCAUGCCAGAGCCAGACAGGUUUCCAUGGAGCUAGGGCACUGGGGCACCUGUGAGGUUGGAAUUGACUCCAUGGUGGGAGGUCCCUUCCACCAGCUCCUGACCCUUAAGCCAGCAGCAAGUGCUAGCAUGCCAUGUUUGCACCCGAUUCUGGGUCUAUCAGUGUGUCUUACAGAAUUUUGGAUCAUUAAACAUAUUUUUACUGCU